UUGCAACCUGCCUCCAGGUGGAUCCCAGUGCAGAACCUGCAGCAUCCUUAACUCUUGGCACUCCUGCACUUAGGCCACAAUGGCAGGUCGAGGUGGAGCUGCUCGACCGAAUGGACCAGCUGCUGGGAACAAAAUCUGCCAGUUUAAACUUGUCCUCUUGGGAGAGUCGGCGGUGGGGAAGUCCAGCCUUGUCCUGCGCUUCGUGAAGGGACAGUUCCACGAGUACCAGGAGAGCACGAUUGGAGCUGCCUUCCUAACACAGACAGUCUGUCUGGAUGACACAACGGUGAAGUUUGAAAUCUGGGAUACAGCGGGACAGGAGCGGUAUCACAGCCUGGCACCCAUGUAUUACCGAGGUGCCCAGGCAGCCAUCGUUGUCUACGACAUCACUAACACAGACACAUUUGUACGAGCCAAGAACUGGGUGAAAGAGUUGCAGAGGCAGGCUAGCCCCAAUAUUGUAAUUGCACUAGCAGGAAACAAGGCAGACCUUGCUACCAAGAGAGCUGUGGACUUCCAG